GGCGGAUUCACUCUCGGCUCUCUGGACACAACCUAAAAUUAACUUGGUAAACCGCGACUGGCUCGAGCUCAGAGAAGGGCUCGAUCAUGACUCAUGGCGAUGACUGCUGUACAACAGCAGAAGAUGGAGCUGAGAGCGACCAGCUGCAGCCUCUUCUUCUGGAAAGGGUGGAGAAAGAAAAGUCUAAAAGCUGGCAAACUGUUGUGUCACAUCGUUUAAAGAAACACUGCGUGUGCACACCAAAGAAAGCUAAAUCCAAAAUACUGGGCUUUGUGCCAAUUCUGAAAUGGCUGCCACACUACCAGCUCAGGGAAUGGCUGCUGGGUGAUGUCAUGUCAGGACUGAUUGUUGGAGUCCUAUUGGUCCCUCAGUCUAUAGCCUACUCCUUAUUAGCCAGUCAGGACCCCAUAUAUGGUCUCUAUACUUCUUUCUUCUCCUCCAUCAUCUACGCCCUCUUAGGCACUUCCAGACACAUCUCAGUGGGGAUCUUUGGGGUGCUCUGCCUGCUUGUGGGUCAGGUUGUGGACAGGGAGUUAGCUUUGGCAGGAUACCUCACAGAAAGCAGCAGCAGCAGUAACAGUAGCGCCCUCCUGCUGGCCGGCCAGGGGAAUGGCACUGUGGAAUGUGACAGAAGCUGCUAUGCAAUCACAGUGGGAGCAACAGUUACCUUUACUGCUGGAGUUUACCAGGUGCUCAUGGGCCUUUUCCAGGUAGGCUUCGUCUCAGUCUACCUCUCAGACUCCCUUCUCAGUGGCUUCGCUACAGGAGCCUCCCUCACCAUCCUCACGUCCCAGUUAAAAUACCUCCUGGGCCUCAAGAUCCCCAGGCCUCAGGGCUGGUUCACUCUGUUUAAGACCUGGUACGGCAUUCUCACCAACCUGGGAAAAACCAACAUUUGUGACCUGGUGACCAGUAUAGUGUGUUUACUGAUACUGGUACCUACCAAGGAGCUCAAUGAUCGCUUCAAAGCCAAGCUGAAGGCUCCAAUCCCCUUCGAGCUCUUCGUGGUGGUUAUUGCAACACUUGCUUCUCAUUUUGGCCACUUCAAUACCGACUACGGUUCGGACGUAGCUGGUGACAUCCCCACGGGUUUCCUCCCUCCCAAGCUGCCCAUGUGGAGUCUGAUCCCCAACGUAGCUGUUGACGCCUUCUCCAUCGCCAUCGUGGGAUUCGCUAUCACUGUCUCACUGUCAGAGAUGUUCGCCAAGAAGCACGGCUACACGGUGGAUGCCAACCAGGAGAUGUACGCCAUUGGCUUCUGCAACAUCUUGCCAUCGUUCUUCCGCUGCUUCACCACCAGCGCUGCGCUGACUAAGACCCUCGUCAAGGAGUCCACAGGGUGCCAGACUCAGGUAUCUGGGCUGGUGAGCGCCCUCGUCCUGCUGCUGGUACUGCUGGUCAUCGCACCGCUCUUCUAUUCCCUGCAAAAAUGUGUAUUAGCAGUCAUCAUCCUGGUUAACCUUCGUGGAGCUUUACGUAAGUUCGGAGACAUUCCAAGCAUGUGGCGUGUCAACCGUGUUGAUACCUCCAUCUGGCUGAUCACCAUGGCAACCUCUGCGCUGGUCAACACAGAGCUAGGUCUGCUCGUUGGGGUUUUGGUAUCAGCCCUCUGCGUCCUGGGCCGAACACAGCAGGCCAAGGUGCUGGAGCUUGGCCGGGCUCCAACCAGGGAGCAUUAUGAGGACCUGUCGUCUUACCGUGGCCUUCAAAGACAUCCCGGAGUGGCUGUUUUUAAAUACGAGGCUCCAAUCUAUUAUGCCAACCAGAGCUUGUUCAAAAAAUCUCUCUAUAGGGGUGUAGGGCUCGACCCUCUGAAGGAGAAAACACGGCUUAUGAAGCUCAAGAAGAAGAACAACCAGCAGGGAGAGGCUGCAGGACUCCCAAAUAUGAAGUCAGUGGAUACAAGUAAAGAGGAUAACAUUGAAGCUGGUGCAACAACAACAACCUUGAUGCUUGACAAGAAAUCUUCCCGUAGCUUACGCAGUGUGGUGAUAGACUGCAGCGCCAUCAUGUUUUUAGAUACAGCUGGAGUGAAUGCUCUCAAAGAAGUCCGCAAAGAUUAUGAAGAACUUGGGAUCAAGGUGGUCCUGGCCCAGUGUAAUACCUCAGCACUGGACGCACUGGAAAGAGGGGGAUACUACCCUGACAAAAAAGGGUGUGAUGAAGAAGAGAACAAAAUCAUAUUCUUCACCAUCGCAGAUGCCGUCCACUACGUCCAAAGCCUUUCGGUUCCGAACGGAGACUAUGACAACAGAUGCUAAAAGAUUCAUCCAUCCAAAUAUCUGUUUACAUAUAUGCAGUUGUACAUUUCACAUAAUGCACAAGAGAAGUCCAUUGUUACCUGUGUGCCUUGUAAUGCUACAGUGAUGGCUGAAGUGCAAGUAUCCAACAUUUUUUCUACUUAAACGCUGCAAAAAAUUCUUUAAUACUGUUUCAGCAUGUUAAAUGCUAAAAACCAUUUCCAGGUCUUCCUCAUAGAAAUGGAACCAAAGUACAAAGUACUUAGAGUAAAAAGUGAAACUGUACAGGGGCAACAUUUUCUCUUUUUUGCACACAGACACCCGAAUGUGUUCAUAAACAGUCCCCAACCAAUCUUACAUGCACAGGGUUACGUAUACUUCUUUUCCACCAAAAGGCAAUGGGCUCCUUCCCUACUGACAAUAGACAAGUAUGCCUUUAUGUUUUUCUUUACUGGUGUGUCACGCUCGACACCAAACAUGACACACGGGACGUGAUGAACGCGUUGCAAAACGGUUAGUAAACAGUAGAAAGCAGCAUAUAGGCCAGUGAAAUUAUUUACUUCUUUAUUAAUAUCUGUUACUUAUUCAGUCUUUCCUCAAACUCGGUCCUGACUAAUUUGAAACGAUGUUCAAGCACUGCUUGGACGGAGACAGAAAGAAUUUGUGGUGGCGUGUCAUUGCAUACUGCUAGAAUAUGGGUGAAAAUUAGCACGUCCACCCAGGUGCUAUGUUUUCAUUACUGCCUAUUGGAGCUGGAGCCGAUAAAUACCCAUGACUAGUACAGAGCAGGGUUCAUGCCAUACUACCAGACAUAUAACAGCCUACAUUUAAACACCAAAAAAAUCCUCAAAUAUUAAAUAACUUGAAAUAAGCUACAAGAAGAAGUGGUCUAUUGAACAGAUUGGAUGAUCACAGGUUUAGUGGCAGAGGCAAAGGAGGAAAAGGAUACAGUGCGCCAAGUGUCACCAUAAAUCAAGUGUAUCUGGGGCGGCAGUAGCUCAGCCUAUAGAGACUUGGGUUGGGAACCGGAGGGUCGCCUGUUCGAGUCCCCGUCC